GUAUGGCGGGAAUCCAAGACACAGGUGAUAAAAUGCAAAUAUGCGUUUUCAUUCGAGAUUCGAGAUCAUUCAAAAACAGGUGACAAGUGACAGUGAAUAAUCAAUAAUUUAUUUAUUGAUAAACGUAAAUUUAAAGGGUCGCAGUGACUAGGCUAAAAGAAUACAAAUUGUAGUGUCUUUAUAAAACAACGUUCUAUUAGUUAAUUUUUGAAUUUAAAAUCAUUUAAUUUUGUUAAACUUAAAAGUAUUUAAAUUAUAGCUAAAAUGGAAUCUCAUGGUGUUGAACUUUAUGUUUAUGAUUUAUCCAUGGGGCUAGCAUCCCAGUUUUCUUCACAUUUGAUAGGUAAACAACUUGAUGGCAUCUGGCACACAUCUACUGUUGUUUACAAUAGAGAAUAUUUUUUUGGAUCUCGAGGGGUUGAGAGCUGUAAUCCAGCAUCAACCUUUUUGGGACCUCCAAAGGAUAUUAAAUUUUUGGGAGAAACUGAAGUACCAUAUUCUGUAUUUUCAGACUAUUUAGCUGGGCUUUCUAAUUCUACAUAUAGCGGAGACCAGUAUCAUCUUUUACAUCGGAAUUGCAAUCACUUCUCCGAAGAGAUCGCACAGUUCUUAUGCGGAACCAGUAUUCCGAAACAUAUACUUGACUUGCCGCAAGAAGUAUUAAGUUCUGGAAUUGGUGCCACUCUCCCCGCACUCAUAUCCCAACUGGAACAGAGCGCCAGGCCCAUCAGCGAGGAAAUUCAAGGAUUCUCCAGGGAAAAUACUCCUGAUCUAAACAGGCAGAUUGAGGAAGCCAGAUACAACAGUUUCCUUUUGGAACAGCGAAGGAAAACUUUGAACGAAAAACACGCUAAGAAAGAGAGGAAGAGGGAAAAAAGACGUAAGAAGAUACUUAAAGCUGGUGGAGUAGUUCCUGCAGAACUAGAGGACAUAGCUAUGGCUGACACCGCAGCAGUAAAUGGCAGUAGCGAAUCAACGCUACCGUCAGAACAGGCGUUAGCUAUCGAAGAAGAGGAGCGAAAGGAAGAAGAAGAGAAGAAAAAAGCCAGAGAGCCUCCAAUCGUGUAUAAGGACUUAAUUGAUGUGAAGGAAGAGUUUGACGCGCUGAUUGCUUUGAUUGAUGGGAAGCUUAGUCCAGAAGAGCAGAAGUCCACUGAAGAACUUCAACAGUACAUGAUUGGGGAUGAGGGCAGUUGGGCUCUUAGCGAUGGAUUCCUGGAUUAUAUCAACCGACUUCUCAAUGAUAAAGCGUUCCCAACAGAAGUAAGAGUAAAACUCCUAAAUUUAUUGGCCAUGGCUGCACUGAAGGACGACGUAAUUUUGGUUUUGCACCAGGACAGAAAAGACCACAUUCUGAUGAACUUUUCAUUUGAAAUCGACAGGUUAUCAAAAGAAGAACAGGAAGCUGUAGCUUUAUUUAUGGUUAACAUGUUUGAAAACCUGAGUUCUUCAGAAUGGCUGCUUUACAUUUCCGAAUGGCAGUACAAUACACAACAAAUCAGCAAUAUUCGGGUAACGACAAAGGUGGCAGUUCACUGUCUUUUAUCUGACAACCCAGUUCUACAAGAGCGGGGUGCCGCGAUAAUCUAUAACUUGGCCGCCAAGGAGGUAAAAACUGUGGUUUUCGACGAUGUAGCUGUAGAAAUCACAAUGGCCAUACUUCAAUACUUUAAUCAAAAGCCAUCAGAAGAGCAGCUUUUCAGAUGUAUGAAGGCUCUAGCGCGGUUUGCUGAAGUCUCACGCCAAGAAGUGCCUCAGCUGAUCCAAAUGAUCGGUCCCGACCCGAAGUCUUUCAAAGGAACCAGCGAAAGAAUCGACGCUUUUAUCGAUCAACUUUCUUCCAGACUGCAUUAACUAAUAAUUAAUUUUAAUCGGCAUGCUGUUAAUAUCCUAUUUUUUAUUGUUAAUAAUUUAUUAAAUCGGAUUUGAGAUACAAUGAGUUGUGUGUUAUUAUAUUUCUAUAUAUCGUAAACUUUUUUAUUACUUUUUACUUGAUAUUGUUUAUGAUUCGUGUUAAUAAAGAAAUGAGCUGUAUCA